UAUGUAUCACGCGUAACCAAAAAUGUAAAGUUAUGAAAUCUUUGACACUUAAAAAGUAUAGAAUUUAAAUAAUAUAUAUAAUGGGGCGUUCUUCUAAAGAUAAACGAGACGUUUAUUAUAGGCUUGCUAAAGAAGAAGGAUGGCGGGCGAGAAGUGCAUUUAAACUUCUUCAAAUUAAUGAAGAAUUUUGUAUUUUCGAAGGUGUCAAAAAAGCUGUUGAUCUGUGUGCAGCUCCAGGUAGUUGGAGUCAAGUUCUUUCUCGGAAACUAAGAGGCCAAUCAGCCAAUCCAGAUGAUGUAAAGAUUGUAGCUGUAGAUCUCCAGGCUAUGGCACCCCUUCCAGGAGUAAUUCAAAUACAAGGAGAUAUCACAGAGGAAUCCACAGCGCAUCAGAUUAUAAGUCAUUUCAAAGGAGAGCAAGCCGACUUAGUGGUUUGUGAUGGAGCUCCAGAUGUUACAGGAUUACAUGAUAUUGAUACGUACAUUCAGGCUCAGCUACUGGUAGCUGCUUUGAACAUAACGACCCAUGUGCUUAGACCUGGAGGAACAUUUGUGGCUAAGAUAUUCAGAGGCAAGGACAUCACUCUGCUGUACUCUCAGCUAAAGAUCUUUUUUCCUCGGGUAACAGUGGCAAAACCAAGAAGUAGUCGAAACUCAAGUAUAGAAGCUUUUGUUGUUUGUCAAAACUACUCACCACCAGAGGGUUAUGUACCAACAAUGGCUAAUCCUCUGUUGAAUUAUGAUUGUGUGGACUUUGAUGAGUUGGAAGGGCCAAACCGUAUUAUUGUACCCUUCAUAGCUUGUGGUGACCUUAGUGGCUUUGAUUCUGACCGAACUUAUCCUCUAGAGCUUAAAGAAGGCAAGGAAUAUGUCUAUCAUCCUCCAGUUCAAACUCCAAUUGAUCCACCAUAUAAGGAAGCUUGCGAGUUAAAGAAACAGCAACAACUAGCAAAACCGGGAAUGUCUUCUGGAAAAUUAGAGGAGCAUAGAUUUGAUGAAUAUGUCCCUGUACCAGCUGAUACUAUAGACAGCAAAGCUUUUCAACUAUGUUUCAGAUCCCCUCAGGACAAUUCUCUCAUAAGUCAGGUAGCCUUGAGUACGUGUGAUAAUAUGGAGUCAAGCCUCAGUAGACUAAACCUUGAAACAGACAACUCGUCAAGUUAAGUGUGUGCACAACUAUAUACUUUAACAAGUAUUUUAAAUAAAUUUUGGUUUUAUUUUUUACAUGUCAAAUUGUUCUUAUUGUUGCCAAAUUAUUAAUGAAAUAAAAUGGAAUUUUUAUGAUACAAAA